UUACUCUCGCUUAUAAGUCUCUUACGCUGUUUCCUCUGUAAAGCCUGCAGGAGUCGUCAGAUAGUAUAGAGUAGUACACUCAGUAGCGAAUUGAAGAGAAGCUCGUUAGCCCCUUUGUAAACCACAAUUUGUGUUAUAACUGGUGCUGGUUUUGAAAGGUAGAACACUAUCACCUUUUACCCAUGGCAAAUUCAGCAGCAACCGGAGCGGAUGCGAUGGCCGUCACAGAUGCAGAAAACUGGCGCAUUCGUGUAAACCAUGAGCAGACAACUGCAAAGAACUUCCAGCAGGAGUGGGGCUUCCUGACGUCGCCAGGAACACCUGACCAUCUGAAGGCGCCGCAUGCGAGGUCGACAGUCAAGUACUUCACCGGACGCGGGGAGUACACGUUACUUCAAAAGAAGGUUCCACUCGUUGGGCGCGACGCGGAAAGAGCCGUCGAACAGGAACGGGAGUACCUCGAAACCGCCAGCCUCAAUGGAGGCCGGCCUACGACAGCCCUACAGGCGACCCUCUAUUCUCACUCCAAGCGUAUGGAUUACAUAGGAAACCACGAUAUGGCGCUGGAAACAAGCAGUCGGGUGUACGGCUCCCGUCACACGCUUGAACAGUUCGGCGUCUCACAGUUUGGGCUGAAGGAAAGCCGCAGCAAGCUUCCGCCCAACUAAAACUGGCAGGAUGCUUUAUGGCAAGAUGCUCAUACUGCAAUGGCGCGCCAAUACAUGCUUGCAGCGAACUAGGAUCGCACCACAUGGGUGGUGUCGUGCGCUGCGAAACGUGAAGGCUAGGGCCAGCAGGCAGUAGUCCGCAGGGGGUGCGCAGGGGGUUCGGGUAGCCGGGAGUCAUUUAUCGGGCCGUAAGAGCGUUGCAGCUGUACAGGGUCCUUGGGACCGGCUACUGGCGUUGGUGCCCAAGGUGUUUUGCCAUGGUUUCGGAUGUAGGCUAACUGCCGUAAGGUAGUCCCGUGUUACAUACGUGUUAAGUUUUAUUGUGAUAUAUUUAAAUAUAUUGUUAAGACCAGCAAAGCGCCGGACCCCCGUCGGGUCCUAUUACUGUGGCUACCAUUCACUGGUAUAUGAGUGUCGGUCAUUUCCAACACCCCCCCGUGAGCGACACUCUCUCGCUACGGGCCUUCCCGUGCCUCAUCCCGGUCUCCCAUUCUCUGGUCAACAGCCAGUGGGUAUCGAUCCGGCGACCUCUCGGCAGCGCAAUGCGCCAUUCGGGGCUCAUAACCUGUUAAGACCAGCAAAGCGCCGGACCCCCGUCGGGUCCUAUUACUGUGGCUACCAUUCACUGGUAUAUGAGUGUCGGUCAUUUCCAACAUAUAUGAUAUGCAAUUGUGAAAUGGUGUCAAUCUGCCUCGCUUGAUGGGGUUUUGCCAGGCCUGGGUGUAUUUCGAAGGAGCGUAUUUCGCGCAGCAUUUUCUUCUUAACCUGUGAGGGGCGUGCAGGCGCUAAGCAGGGUAUGCAAACCUGUCUCAGCCGUUGUUUGGCGCCAUGGGCAGAGUAGGGUCGAGAUAGGUAGGAUUUCGUCCUGUAACUUAUAUAAAG